GGUGGUUCCGGUGCACUGUCGUAGCUUGACACGGCUCUCAUGCCUCCUUCCACUUUGCCUCUUUUUCUCGGCUCUCGCGCUGGCUCGGGCCGUCGUGCGACCGCAGCUCCUCGGUGAAACGUCAAGGAAAUGUGUCAGCCAUGUGCAGGAGAGGCGAAAGACAGCAGCUGUAAGAAAACAGAUAAACCAUCAUGAUUCCCAUCACAGAGCUCCGGUACUUUGCUGACACCCAGCCAGCGUACCGCAUCUUGAAGCCAUGGUGGGACGUUUUCACCGAUUACAUCUCAAUCGUCAUGUUGAUGAUUGCUGUGUUCGGUGGUACGCUGCAGGUCACGCAGGACAAGAUGAUCUGCCUGCCUUGCAAGUGGGUGGUCAACAGGACCUGUGAGACCAUCCCCAUCCCCAAUGUGACCAUCCCGUAUGCGCCAGAACCCAAAGGCAUUCAGUAUGACCUUGACCGCCACCAGUACAACUAUGUUGAUGCCGUUUGCUAUGAGAACAAACUACACUGGUUUGCUAAAUACUUUCCCUAUCUGGUGCUACUCCACACCCUUAUAUUCCUGGCCUGCAGUAACUUUUGGUUCAAGUUCCCCCGGACAAGCUCCAAACUAGAGCAUUUUGUUUCCAUCCUUCUGAAAUGCUUUGACUCCCCCUGGACAACAAGGGCUUUGUCUGAGACCGUGGUGGAGGAGAGUGACCCCAAGCCCCUGGGGAAAAUGAAUGGUUCGAUGGACAAGAAAGCCUCAUGUGUGAGUGAGGAUGUUGAAGCCAGCGUGCCCAUGCUCCAACGAACUAAGUCCAGAAUUGAACAAGGAAUUGUAGAUCGCUCUGAAACUGGAGUUCUGGACAAAAAGGAAGGAGAGCAAGCUAAAGCCCUUUUUGAAAAGGUUAAGAAGUUCAGGAUCCAUGUAGAGGAAGGUGACAUAGUCUACCGUCUUUACAUACGUCAGACUAUCAUUAAAGUAAUCAAGUUUAUCUUGAUUAUUUGCUACACAGCCUACUAUGUACGCUAUAUUAAAUUCAGUGUGGUGUGCACAGUGAACAUUGAGAAGCUAACAGGGUACAGCAUGUACCACUGUGCUCACCCCUUAGCAACUCUUUUCAAAAUUUUAGCAUGUUUCUACAUCAGCUUGGUGGUGGUUUAUGGUCUUAUUUGCAUGUACACUCUUUGCUGGAUGCUCAGCCGCUCCCUCAAACGUUACUCCUUUGAAUCAAUCCGUGAGGAAAGCAGCUAUAGCGACAUUCCUGACGUGAAGAAUGACUUUGCCUUCAUGUUGCACAUGAUUGAUCAGUAUGACCCUCUCUACUCCAAGCGCUUUGCUGUGUUUCUCUCAGAGGUGAGUGAGAACAAGCUGAGGCAGCUGAACCUGAACAACGAAUGGACGCUGGAGAAGCUGAGGCAGCGCAUCACCAAGAACUCCCAGGAGAAGCUGGAGCUGCAUCUGUUCAUGCUCAGUGGCAUCCCAGAUACAGUAUUUGAUCUGUUAGAGCUGGAAGUGCUCAAGCUGGAGCUUAUCCCUGAUGUAACCAUCCCACCCAUUAUUGCCCAGUUGGCCAGCCUAAGGGAGAUGUGGCUCUAUCACACACCAGCCAAAAUUGAGGCUCCAGCUCUGGCUUUCCUUAGGGAAAACCUCAAGUCCCUGCACAUCAAGUUCACUGACAUCAAGGAGAUCCCUCUGUGGAUCUACAGCCUGAAGAACCUCAGUGAGCUGCACUUAACUGGGAACCUGAGCGCUGAGAACAACCGUUACAUUGUCAUUGAUGGGCUCCGAGAACUCAAAAGGCUCAAAGUGCUACGUCUGAAGAGCAACCUGACCAAGCUGCCCCAGGUGGUCACUGAUGUUGGUGUCCAUCUGCAGAAGCUCUCCAUCAAUAAUGAGGGUACUAAGCUGAUGGUGCUCAACAGCCUGAAGAAAAUGGUAAACUUAACAGAACUGGAGCUAGUCCGUUGUGACCUUGAGCGCAUCCCACACUCCAUCUUUAGUUUGCACAACCUGCAGGAGAUUGACCUGAAGGACAACAAUCUAAAGACAAUAGAAGAGAUCAUCAGCUUCCAGCACCUGCACCGACUGGUGUGCCUGAAGCUGUGGUACAACCAGAUCGCCUACAUCCCCAUUCAGAUUGGCACCCUUACCAACCUAGAGAGGUUGUAUCUGAACAGGAACAAGAUAGAGAAAAUCCCCAGCCAGCUUUUCUUCUGCCGCAAACUGCGCUUCUUAGACCUGAGUCACAACAAUCUGACCAGUAUCCAUGCCGAUGUGGGUUUCCUCCAGAACCUGCAGUACUUUGCUGUGACAGCAAACAGGAUUGAGACGUUGCCUCCAGAGCUGUUCCAGUGUAAGAAGCUGCGUACUCUGAAUCUGGGGAACAACUGCCUUCAGACUUUACCAUCGCGCUUUGGAGAACUAACUGGGCUGACGCAGCUGGAGCUGAGGGGGAACCGUCUGGAGUGUCUCCCAGUGGAGCUCGGCGAGUGCCGGCUGCUGAAGAGGAGUGGCCUGGUGGUAGAGGAGGACCUGUUCAACACGCUGCCAUCUGAAGUCAAAGAGCAGCUAUGGAGGGCUGAUAAGGAGCAAGCCUGAAGCCAACCACAAUGGAGAGCUGCAGGAAGUGAAAAAAAAAGAGGCAAGGAUAAACUUUGGGGCGGGGGGGGACUGUUGUGAAGAAUAGGGAAUGAGAACUCUUGGAGGUUUACAGAAAUGUUGGCCAUGUGAGCUGAGAAAAGGCAUGAUGGCUGUUUGGUUGGUGCCUGGGGCUUUGCUGGCUGGGCCUGUUAAACUCAAGACCUGCAGGCUGGCCCACCAUGAAUUUUUAUCAAGCCUGAAGAUAAAUCUGGGCUGUCAGUUCACUGCGGCCCGCCUAGCUGAGGACAAAGUGACACAGAGUUUACUCUUGUGUGUUGUGCGCAGCCCUCACCCCUUCUUGCACACUUUCAAAAUGCAGCCCCUUUACCCUUGCGCCAUACUCACUGGCACAUCUUUAGUUAAAAGUGGCUUACUAAAGAAAUGUUGAUGCUGAGGGCGAAUGAUGGAUUUUUUUUCUUAAAAUGAGCAUUUAGCAAAGCCUGUAUGUUAUAUUUGCCAUGAGGAAAAGUGCAACGCAGAUUUAACAAGAUGUGUGAGGAAAUUACCAGUUUCAUGGCUGCUAAGGAGAAAGCCCAUACCAAGCUCGAUACAGCCUCUACAACCUGUAUGUGAGGCUGCAGGAGAGUGAAUAAGAGUGGAACCAAGCUAGAGAAAACUUGUUUGUAACUAAGCCAAAUGCAACAGAAAAACUUUGCACAUGAUUCAGCCUUGUCUUUACUGGCAAAUGUGCUCAUUACCACCGGUUUCCUGACUGUGGGAUGUGUGCACAAAUUGCUCAAAGCAGAAUUUGCCUGACCAUCCUCUGGCCUUGAGACUCUGACAUGUAGUUUUAUUUUAUUAUAAUUUUUUAAAAAUCUAUUUGCAGUUGCCAUGGAGUGUGUUCAGAAUACUGGCAGAUAAUAAUGAAUGAAUUAUACUGCAACUGUCAGCCAAAUUUUAUUAGGCAAGAGAGUUUGGUCUUUUCGGUUCCUUCAGGCUGCCUGUAUGUUUAGCAUCCCUGGAAUUAACUUUUGUGUGAACAAAACACUAUAUUAUGAAGAUAAACAGAUGAUCCCAGAAGUUCUGCCUGACACACUUUUUCUUAAUUCUCAGUGUGUCCACAGCUCAGGACUUUGCUCAGAAGUGAUGAACUUGUGUCAAAGAAAAAGUAUCAAGCUCCCAGUGGGAACGAAAGGGUGGAAGAGCAGCCUUUGCUGGUCUAAUUACCGUACACUCCUGGAUUUGUAACAAGGGCCUGUGUUGAAGACUUGGUUGUAAAGGAGCUGUGGAAAGAUGGUCAAAAAGUGCACCAUUUUGCUUAGAUUCAUUUUUGUUUUUUGUUUUUUUUUUUGCUUUGACAUGCUGUUAUUUCAAUGGGGCCAGUAGAAAUAAGAUCAUGAAAUUAUUUAACUUAAAGGUACAUGCAUUUGCUUGACUAAACGCUACAUGCACAGCUUGGGGUCGUGCUUAAACCUAUGAAGAAGGUUGGUUAAUCUUGAAAAUUAAACAUAAUCAGAGUUCAUUAUUUUGUAUGACUGAAUGCUAUUCAGGCUACAGAGCUGUUGAUUUGUUUUGCUAUUUAGGGACUUUGACUAAGAUUCUCAUGUAUUAAUUUUACACAUGGAACAUUUAGGAAUACAGUCAAAAAUCAUGAGUUUACCUUCAAUUCAAGAUUAAUAUAUAAACAAAUUUUGUCUCGUUGAUUUGAUUUAGAGUUAGACAUCCCUGUGUUAAAGCCACAGGGUCACAGAUAUUCAGAAACCUCCUUGCCAGUUACAUGCCACACUCUUUUUUUGUGUCUUCAUAAAAGAUAUGCAAAACUUGCACAAGAUUGACAAUAACAGUCAAAAGAGAGAAAACUAUGAGAAUCACAAGAAUCUAGGCACUUUUUUAUGCUCAGUGUAGUUGAGAUUAUGAGACCAUAAAUGACUAUUACCUAUGUGGCGCCUCCAAGUGGAUGAACUCCUGCAAAUGCAAGACAGGAAUGUCUUUAUUAGCUGCCAAGUAUUGCCCCGGCUGGAAAGUCCGCUGUGUCCAAGAGAGAAUUUGUUGGUGUUAGUGACUCAAGUGCCCAGCUGUUUGUACGCUCACUCUCAUUCAUCAUCCACAGUUUACUUAAGAGUAAACUGGACAUUUACCAGCACUCUGUUAAUGCAUUCAGAAGUAAAUGGUGGACACACAGCACAUAACUGAGUGAAGGAAAGUAAAAUUUCACUCGAGUACCACACAAAAGAGACAUUUAUCUUUAGUUUUCAGGAUAUUUCAUUUCCAGAUAUGUAGUCCAAAGUAGUGCAAUGUGCUCUUUCUGCUUGAAACACUUUUGUUGUUAAUACCUGGGAUUUAAUAGCAUCAUUUGGGGUAAACUUGCUAUGUGCACUGCAGCCAGGCACGUCUUGUUUCUCGUAUGGCCUUACAUUUUACAAGCUGUAUGUCCUGUUAAUGAUUGCAAACAUCCCCAUUCAUGACUUGUGUUUUUUUUUCAUGUGCUAUAAAAUGUAUAACUGAAAUGUUUAACUUCUUUGUUUUAUGCAUACCAGUGGUAUGGCAUGUGGUGUUAUUGUUACCAGCUGUUUCCUUUUUUAUUUUAUUUUCUAUGAGAGUAAAGGGAAAUCUCACUACAAUGAGACAACUACACCUUUGUUCACAAUGAAUUUUGUUUUCACGGAGGCCUUGGCUAUAUCCAAAUGCCCCUCUGGGGUUAUCAAUGAAGUGCUCCCACCUGGUACACUCCUGAUCUUAAAAGAGGAUCAGUCUUAGAUUUGUUAUUAGAGACAUGCUGCCAGUUUUAAAGGCAGGAACAAUGAUCACCACAAACAGACAACCUUGGAGAAAAGCCUUAAAGGCAGAAACGUGUUGGAAUCGGAUUUCCCAGCAUGUGGACCUUUUCAAAUGCACCAUUUUCAGUGGCCCAGUGCACACUAAAAUUGUCAGGUGGCGUAUUAAAUCACUUUGAUUAUGUCUGUUCUGAACUUGGUGAAAUAUGUGUCAAAAAAGGGCCAAAAACAUGUUUUUCACAAGGCUCUAGAGAUGGAGUGACCAUUAACCUACUUGAGGCAAAACAAUGCCUGCAAAUGAGGCUGGCAGUUUUGCUUCGUAGCACACAAAAGUACAGCUGAAUGGUCGAAACAGGAACCGAUUGUAGUAUAACUAGUCUCGUGGCCAGUUUGCAAAAAUAAGAAAAGGCCACAGUACAUCUUUUAUGUCAUGGUAAUGAAAAUUUGAUAUAGUAACACCCAUUGUCGUGGUGCAAUGCAGUUGCUGCUAGUGCUGCUGAUGCUUCAAAUCUCCUGCCUGCAGUGCACCAUAGAAAUGUCAAAUUAGGGGCUUCAAAUGGUGCUCACUACAUUUGGACCUUAACUCGCUGGUCGAGACACUAGAGGUUGGAUAGUCAGACAGACAUGAUACGUUUUAUCUCCCAUCCUUUGUUUUGUUUUUUUGUUUUUUUUAUGGAGCAUUUAGAGCAUAUGCUGAUCUAUGUCCAACACUAACCCAUUCUUGGUGGUAGAGCAGUUGUAGUUGAUAUUAUUUCGUUUUGAGAGUGCCAUAGAAAUUUAUCUCAGGGCAUCACUGGGAGUUCAUUCACAGCUUUAAAUGUGCAAAUUCACUAAGUAUGUGCAGAAUGUUGUUUUAAAAAAUGUCUUUUUUAAUCUAGCUGAUUUGGAUGUGGACUUGUCAUACAGCCUUAGUAUUGCCACUAAUGAAUUGCCACAUAUAUCUGGACUUUCAUUCUAAGAUUUGGUUAUAACUUGUGCAUUAUGAACCAUCAUAUGACCUUUGGGAAGAAAUGUGUCAUCACCCACAUGCUUUCAUUGUGCUUCAGUUUUCUACAGACCCACUAAAAUGUUUGAUUUAUAUGCGGGAAUGUCAUGGUUAGGACUUCAUUUGCUAUCUGUCCUGCAAAAGUAUGACUGUAGCCACGCUGUCUUUCAUAAUCACUUCACUUUGAGUCAUAGGAUUGCAGACAAAACACUUUUCACUUCACUAAUUUAACUUUUAACUCCACCCCUUUCCUACAUGCCAGUGUGUGCAGUAAGCAUCUGAGAGGAGGUCAGUUAAGUGUUUUCAGACCACUGAAACUGGGAAGUUUUAGGGACUUGUUGAAAAUGCCUUCUCAUCAUGUGGAAAAUAUGUGCUAGCACUUGACAUAGUGUCAUGUCAGGAGCAGCCCUUUCACAUGAAAGCAAUUCCUCUAAUGGUCAUCAACAGCAUUUGAAAACUAUUUGUCAUUCAGUGUCCCAGUUUUGUUUUGUGUUUUGAUUUUUUUCUCUUUUUUUCUGUAUUUAUGUUAAGAAAUGUUAUAGAUAAGAAAUAGUCAACUGUGUGUAUGAUAUUUAUGCCUUAGAGUAGUAAUAGUUGUGUGGAGCUGCAUGCUUGCUCAUUUUGCUUUUACCCUGAAGGAACUCAUUUGGAUCAGCGUGGGUUCACACAACAGACAGACGUGAUGCUGAAUUACCUGAGACAUGCUGGUUGAUAAGUAGACAGAGCUCCGGUCCAAAGACCAGACAGGAUUACACAACUUAACUCAAACACACUUGACAAUCUUAACAUAAAUGGAGGGCAGCUUACCCUCCAGCGUGGGCAUUGUGUAACAGUACAAAUUAGUACAAUCAGACUGUUUUAAGCAUAAUUUCUUUAAAAAAGUGAACCUUUCUGGACGGUCAUCUUCCAUUUCACCUAUAGCUACUUGGGCAGCACCCCCAAAAUGGUAUUAUUCUCAUAAUUAACCUAAAAUUCAUUAAAUUACAGACAUCUUGUUUCUGCUUGUUUGUACUAUAUUUCCUUGAAAACAUGAUUGUAUUUACUAUGUAAAUGCAGAUUUAUCUCUGUAUUCUAAUGUAGGUAGAUCAGGGUAAAACAAAUAAACAAACAAAACAUACAAAACCCUGAUCACAGCCUUUUUUUUUUUUUUUUUUUUUUGGUUUUGUAGGCUUUCUUUUUUUUCUUUCUUGGAUUUUGCAUCCAUUUCAUCAUGCAGCAGGUAUAUUUAGGGCAUUGAUGCUUACCAUGUAUGCAAUGUAGUUGUUACCGAAUGCCAACCAUCUGACCAUAAGUUAGAGCUACGAAACGUUUGAACACAGCUUACUUUGGUUGAACAUCAACUGGAGAGAAUGAAAUUACUCUUGUCUGUCAACACUGUCUGUAUCACACGUGACAAAGCAUUUACUAUUGUGGCUGAACCGAGUGAACACUGACUUUUUAAAGUGGAAAUAAAAAAAUGACAAUUGAACUUUUGAUUUCCUAAUGUUUGGCCCCUACUUUUCUACCAUCUGACAGAUGAUAAUAAACACUCUAAAUCCUG